AUGUCUAGCCUCAAGAGAAGCCCACCAUUUCGUGCCGAGCAUGUAGGUUCGCUACUGCGUCCCCAGGAACUCGUGCAGAAGCGUUACGAUGUCGCCUCUGGCAAGGCCAAGCCAGAGGAGCUCAUCCCACUGGAGAACAAAGCAGUCGCAGAGGUUGUCAAGUUUCAACAAGACUGCGGUCUCAAGGCCAUUUCGAGUGGAGAAUACACCAGGCACAUGUUCUGGGGUACUUUCUUCGAGACACUCAAUGGCAUGAAGGAGCUGCAGCUUGGUGUCCUUGAGGGCUACGAUGUUAGCAUCUUUCGCGCAUACGCUCCUGACAUGAAGUCAUUCACGGAAGCCAAGACCGUUCCCAACCAAGUCACCAUUUGCACAAGCAAGAUCAGCCACACUGGCAAGUCGAGCAAUCAACGCGAAGUUGAUCUGAUGAAGAGCCUGCUACCCGAGAGCGAAUGGAAGAACAUCAAAAUAACACUGAUCUCGCCUUCAUGGUACCACUUCCGCUACAUGAAUGGACGCAGCUACCCUAAAGAAGUGUACGCCAAUGACGAGGAGUACUUUGAGGAUGUCGCAAAGGCGUACCAGGAGGAGCUGAAGAUUUUGCACUCGCAAGGCAUCCGCAACAUCCAAAUCGACGAUCCGAAUCUUGCCUACUUCUGCUCGGAGGAUAUGUUGGCUGGCUGGAAGGCAGACAAGACUAACGACAAGACCGCCGACGAGAUGCUCGAUGCGUACGUCAAGUUCUAUAACAAGUGCUUUGAGCGCCCUUCCGACAUGCACCUGGGCAUCCACCUUUGCCGUGGCAAUUAUGUCGGAAGCCGUCACUUCUCUGAGGGUGCAUACGAUGCCAUUGCCAAGAAGUUGUUCCAAGACCUCAACGUGGACACAUACUACCUCGAAUAUGACACACCGCGGGCCGGUGGUUUCGAGCCACUGGCGCACCUCCCCAAGAACAAAAACGUUGUCCUUGGUGUCAUCACAUCGAAAUUCCCCAAACUGGAAGAUAAAAACGCCAUGAUCGAGCGUGUCAACCAAGCCGCCGAGUGGAUCGCAAAGGGCACUGGCCAGUCACGCGAACAGGCUCUCCAGCAAUGCUGUGUCAGCCCUCAGUGUGGUUUUGCGUCGCACGCUGAAGGUAAUGAUCUGGGCUACGAAGACAUGAGGAAAAAGCUCCAGCUUGUGAGGAGCAUCGCCGAUUCGGUAUGGCCUGGAGAGCCGUAA